UUUGAAUGAAAUAUUUAUGAUGCUGCCAUGUGCAUUUAAUAGAUGUCUUAUUCUAGAGUUUAAUGGUGAUGAUGGUAAAUAUUAAUAAGACGCAUCAAAAAAAGGUUGAGAAGCAUUGACGGAGAACAUUUGAAAAGAAAUGAACAUGACCUUUUCUCCUGUGUUGUGCCCUCUUGUGGAUGACUAUGGUAUGCACUUGUCUGUUCACUGACACACAGGUAUCUCUCAUAGCUCUUGGUCCCCUCACCAACUUGGCUUUGGCUGUUAGAUUAGAUCCCGGCCUCCCUCAGAAACUCAAGGACCUGUAUGUAAUGGGCGGUAACAUGGAAGGCAAGGGGAAUAUGACGCCAUCGUCAGAGUUUAAUUUCAGGAUGGAUGCUGAAUCAGCUUAUGUAGUCUUGGAGGAAUACACCUGCCCGACACACAUCGCAACCUGGGAGUUUACUUGCAGAAACAAACUAUCUUGGGAGUAUUUUGAGGAACUGGUUAAUCAGAAAACAUCAGUUGCUCAAUUCAUAAAGAAGAUCACGUCCAAGUGCUGGGCCUAUUCAAGAGAUUUUAACUCCAGCAACAACAAGGACGUGCUCUUCGGGCAAGGGUUUGUCCCCUAUGAUGCCUUCGCCGUGGCAGCCUGUCUGGACAGCAGUGUGAUCACAGAGAGUUUACGGUGUGCUGUACGUGUGGAGGUACGGGGUGAACUGGGACGAGGCAUGAUGAUUGUGGACGCAGCCAAUACACUUAAGAAAGGCCAUCUUGCUUUUGUGAUGAGGACGUGUGACCUUAAAAAGUUCAGCUCGAUGCUCAAUGCUUCUUUUCAAAUAGCAUAGAAAUAAAGCUCAUUGCUGUGCUUUUGUAUUCCAAUAUUUCGAUCUUCAGAUGUCCGCUGAAAAUGAAAACUUGCUGUUAAUGUGCUAACAAUUCUGUAAAACAUUAAAGGUUUUUAGCUGAAA